GAGUAAUUGAAAGCCCCAAAAGCGAUGUUGGUUGUUAAGGUAUGAUUCCGCAAAUCGUUAUAAAAACCAAAAUGAUAUGCGUUGUUUUAAUGGCUGUGGUUUCUAGAUUGUUAAAGAAUAAUAAAGUGGAAAAGCAAAGUCCGUUAUUGUCCCCCGUCGCAAAUGGCUCUACCUUCUGGACUGCCAAGCCAUGAGCAAAAUUGCCUUUGGGAUUCUGAAACCAACGAGGGGGAAAGUGCUUCGACUUAUUUGUAGCAUUCCACCAUCGCAUACCAACAAUGAUUGUCAGAAAGUAUAAGAUCGACCAUUGUGGGAAAGGAUGUGGGCGAGAUCGGGAGGCAGAUAUCGCUGUAACAGAAAAAUUCUUUUUUACAAACCAGUAUACUAUGCCUAAACAAACAUGGAACGUGAAUAUGGACUUAAAACAGCCAGACAAUAACAGAGGACACGAAAGGUAUGUCGUAGGAAAUCAACUUGCAGUUAUCCACAAUGAAGCGGAGAAUAGGCCAAGGCACGAAAGCGCUUUGAAGCUAGACGGAAUUGUAUUUGAAAGUGGUUUUAAAAGGCGAUGGAAGAGUGGCAAUGUUUUGAUUAUUAUGUUGCCCAUAGGAGCAAGUGUUUUGCCAGCUUUAUUUCUGCUGGCUGCAUUUUUCCAUGCGGACGACGGUCUUAUUCUCAGGAACAAUACUGACGUUCCUUACAUUAGUGACAUUGGGAACCACAAACCUUAUAGCAGUGUGUUUACCUUUGGGUUAAGCGUAAGUGCACUGUUUGGAUUGUGGCUUAUCAUAGUACGAUACAUUCAAGUGGAAAUUUUAUAUCGGUACACAGGGAGUAAACUGAACUUUUUUUGUUUCAUCAUCGGCCUACUAUCGAUCUUUGGAGAGUUGCUGGUUGCUUCAUUUCAGUUGUCCAGCCAAGAAACCGUCCACUACCUUGGGGCUUUCCUCCAAUUUGCAUCAACAUUUUUGUAUAUGAUAAUACAGACAUGGAUUAGUCAUAAACAUUUGCCAAGCGAGCCAAGAAAGAAACAAGCAUGUAUGGUGGUCAUAAUACGAGCUAUGUUGUCUGUUGGGGUUUUUAUCAGCCUUCUUAUGUUUGGGGUGUUUUUGGUACCCUCACUUAGCCAUUAUAAUAGAUCUGGCUACUCUGUAGCUCCGGUUGCAGAAUGGACUUUACUGGUUUUCGUUAUCUUGUUCAUGUUGACAUUCCUCUACGAUUUCAGGAAUCUUACUUGUAGAGUCGUGGUCGAAAAUUUAUUAUCAGAAUAGAUAAAUUGGAUAUUGAUAAAAUUUUGGCAGAACGCACUUGCAAGAUAAAUCAGCUGGUAAAGAGGAUUUUAGCGUAAGGAUGAAUGCCUCAAUAAGGGACGUUGUAACCUGGAGUUCACGUCCCCAACUUCUUGAAAUAUUACGCUUUUUUAGAAGUUGUCUCUUUGAAAAAGGGGCUCCUUUUCCCUGA